AUGUGCACGAUGCCGCAGGGAACUAAGGGAGUGUGUGUUCCCCGAGAAACGGGCGUGGGAAAGGACCCGCAAGCGAGGCAACUUGCGACGACAUCGCCUGAUAGUUCUGUCCUCACACAAGGCCAGACGCAGAGACAACAUCCGAGCAAAGUAGCCACCUCAACACCUGAGACAAAUUUUCGUCAGGGGCACAACUUUCAGACAGGAUGGUCCUAUCAUCGGGACCGAACGGAAUCCCAUCGUGGAUCCCUGGAUCACCCUUCUGUAGGGCCUUCACAACCUGAUCAGUCCCCUUCGCGUGCAUAUGAAAAUAGCAGACACCGGGCUAAUUCUACCCUCGCCAACUCUAUGAUGCGUACCGUCGUUGCAAGUGACAAUGACGCACUUAAUAUUCUCUUUGAAGCUGCAACUGCUCAAGAAGAUGUUAAUCCUGAUGCUAGCUCCGAAUCAUUAGCUGGGCCUCCAUCGGCAGGUCCGAGUACCCAAAAUCGAACACCCGGAAACUACGACUCUGCGUCCGAGUCGGUGGCACGGGUAAUACAUCCUGUCAAGCUAUCUGACGCCACCCAAGAUACUCUCAAUAUCUGGGAGGCUUGUCGGUUCGUCAAGAUGGGCUGGUUCACUGCUAGAGAGGCUGUUACUCUUAUUGAUCUGUGUGUUCCCUCCCAUGUUCCAUACCUCUGCCAAACAAAGCUAACCGAAGUAGGUUCUAUAAGAAUAUGUCUUGUUUAUCUCCGAUUUUAA